UUUCUUUAAAAAAAAAAAAACAGGAACGGAGGUGACUGGUUUGGAGGAACGUCGGCUCAUAAACUUUCCGCGUUUGUGGAAUUAGGAUAGAUAAACGAUAAUUAUUUAAUAUAGCUAAGUCAGUAGAUUUGAACAAAGAUAAACUAUUAUCGGAAUGGAUCCGUUUACCGAGAAACUCCUGGAGAGGACCCGUGCUCGCAGGGAGAACCUGCAGAAGAAAAUGGCAGAGAGGUCCACUGCUUCCAACAGACAGAUGGCCAAGAGAGCUAGGGAGCCUCUGGCUGAGACCUGCAACAGCCUGGUCACAGAGCCUGUUGUCGACAAAGGCCCCCAACAUUCCACCAAGCACUCUCCCUCCAAGCGGAGUCGUUCAGGUGAACUUGACAAGCCCACCAUUAUUGGUGAGGAGAACAGGGAGCCUGCAAUGCCUCCUCUCACCCUGACCCCUACUCUGUCAGAUCCCCAAACUGACCGGAAGCCCCCAACGGGCCCAGCCAGCAUUCUCUCUGCCUCUUCUCUAGAGAGGGUGGAUGUCUGCCCUGCUCUUCCCGUUCCUGAACCAGAACCCAUGGUGGCAACACGGCUUGUCCCAGAGCAGGUCAGGGCCACGGAGGUAGAGCGCCCUGCCCCAAAACCAGAGAAGGUGGCUGUGAGUGCUGCUCCACAGAGGACCAGGGAUGUGGAGGUGGUGCCUACUAGCACAGUUCUUCAGAGGAACAGAGAAGAGCAGAGGGAGGCUCCCACCUCCUCCACCCCUGCUGCCAUGAAGUCUCGCCUGGCCAGACUAGCUGAACAGAGGCAUUAUUGGGACUCUGAAGGUACCUCUGAGGUUCCAGACAUCCCAGCAGCUCUGUCCCCAGUGAAGAACCAGACCCAGCCGAGGCAGGCCGUAGCCCCAGUCCCCACACCCGUCCAUGCUGCUGCGUCCUCAGAGGCCCCUGUAGGCAGGAAGGGUCGGCUGGCCAACCUCGCAGCCACCAUUGGGUCCUGGGAGGAUGACCUCAGCCACGCGGCCCCUCGCAGCAGCAGAGACAAUGCACAAGAGAAGCCUGGUAGUGUCAGUAACGCCACCCCUGCUUGGAGGAGAGAGGCUGGUGCUGGAGCCAAACCCACCUCUGGUGCUGCAGACCGUCCACAAAUGACUCAGUCAUCAAACAGAAAGCCUGCUCUGGAUUCCAACCAGCAGCCUGUCCACUCCCCAGUCAAGUCCACCAGAGCAUUUCCCCCCAGCCCUCAGAAGACUGAAGUACCUGAAGCCAGACCAGCUCUACGGACAGGCAGAGGUCUCCCCUCUCCUGUAUCCAGUCCCCAGAGGAGUUACCAGGGGAGAGCCUCAGCCUUCACCCCCAGCCCCGAGAAAGGUGCUCUCUCCUCAGCCUCACCUGUGCCUCAGAGCCCCCUGAAGAACCAGGCCCUGUCCCGAGCCAUGGAGGUCAACGGUAGCCCCGAGAAGCCAGAGCUCCCCACACAGCCCUCUACCAUCGGGCCCACUGGACCCUCUGGACCCUCUGUCCUGCAGACCAGGGAGAGGUUCACCAAGGAGACCACCCUGGCCACUCCCCUGCAGCAGCGAGGCACCGCCGGAGCAACUGGACCAUCUGUCCUGCAGACCAGGGAGAGGUUCACCAAGGAGACUACCCCAGCCACUCCCCUGCAGCAGAGCGGCACCGCCGGAGCAACUGGACCAUCUGUCCUGCAGACCAGGGAGAGGUUCACCAAGGAGACCACCCUGGCCACUCCCCUGCAGCAGAGAGGCACUGCCGGAGCAACUGGACCAUCUGUCCUGCAGACCAGGGAGAGGUUCACCAAGGAGACCACCCCGGCCACUCCCCUGCAGCAGAGAGGCACAGCUGGAGCAACUGGAACUCCAGCAGAUGUCAAGUCGUUCAUGGAGCGUUUUGGGGAGAGGUGCCAGGAGCGUUCUGGCCUGAGUUCCCCUGCUUCCUGCCAUGGAGCAGCCACUCAUAACCCAAACAUAGUGAACCCGUCUGGGGCAGGCCUGGCUGGUCAUACCCCUGUAGUGAGCCAGUCUGUGACCCCCAACACCAGGCUGGUGCAGGAGAGGCUGAGAGGUGCCCAGGCUGCCACCACUGCCCUUGCACAGAAACAGAAACUGGAGCGUGAGUCAGAACUGGCUCAGAUUCGUAACCGUUUCCAGAAAGGGAACAACAUUUGGAAGAACAAGGAGGAGGUGGCAGACACCAAGAGACUUACACAGGCCAAGGAUCUGAUUGAGCAUCCUGAGGAGAGAGGGCCUGUUGUCUCACAGCCUGAUGAGCCAACAGCUUCCCCUCUGGAUAGGCUGAAUGCUGCACCCAAGAAACCUUCUGAGGAAGAAACACAGGAGGAGGAAUCGGAUGAAGAAGAGAGUCAUGAGAUGGAGAUGAAAGUGGACCAUUCCAACAACUCUGAGAUCAACAACUUUGACGGGUUCCAUGACCAGAUUGAGGAGCUGAGUGGUGAGGAGGAAGAUGAACUGAACAUCUCCUCGAUGUCCAUCCUGGCCCCCUUCUCUGAGUCGGUGGCUGCUGUGAUCAAGAGCCCAGUAAGGAAGAUGAUGACGUCGACCCCAGCCAGUUCAUUCAACGCUAAGAGCCAGACUCCUGACAUUGUUUCCAGACCCAGUAAGUUCCAAAGGGCUCGCUUGCUCCGGGCUGGGUCAUCAGACAGCCUAGAGACAGACGAACAUGAGGACCACAACCUGCCAUACAGUAUUGAUGCGUACAGGUCGACCAGGAUCAAGGAGAGUACCGAGAGGCCCUGUGUGAAGCAGGUCAUCGUGAAGGAAGACGUGUCUCGGAGAGCAGCAGAUGAGCCCAGGAGCCAAGGACACACCAGCAUCAAACAGAAGAUGAAGGUUCUGACCUAUGAGAUGAACCUGCAGCAGACUGUGAUCAGCCAGGCCAGCCAAGCCUUGAACUGCUGUACUGAUGAGGAGCAUGGGAAAGGCUCGCAUGUGGAGGCAGAGGCUGAGCGGCUUCUGCUCAUAGCCACGGAGAAGCGGGGGGCACUGAAGGCUGAGUUGGACCGUCUGAAGGGAGAGGGUCCUAGCGGUCAUAGGAGGGGGCAGGGUGGGGACAUGGGGGUAUCCGCCUCCAAGGGAUCCAUCUCUCUCCUGGAGCUACGAUUGCCCCUCAAGGCUGACUUUGUCUGCUCCGCUGCUAGCAAGCCAGAGUGGUCCAGCCAUUACUUCUUCAUCAUGAUCCGUGCUGGAGCUGAGAAUACAGUUGCUACUCCCCUAGCCAGCACAAGUAGCGCUAUCAGUGGAGACGCAAUCACCUUCUCUACCAAGUUCACCAUGCCUGACGUCUCUAACGACUUUGCAAUUGAUAUUGAGGUUUACUGCCUGGUGCAGAAGCGUGAGUUGAACCCUGACAAGAGGAAGAAGCCCAGCAAGUCAAAGGCCAUCACUCCCAAGAGGUUCCUCUCUAAGAGCAGUUUGACUCCAGUGGUGGCUAGUCCUGGGGGCCCUAAUACUGUCCGCACCAGUAACUUUGUCCUGGUCGGGUCUCACAAGCUGACUCUUGCCUCAAUUGGGAAAAACAAGUUCCUAUUGGAGAAGAUCAAAUAUGAAGGCAUUGAGAGAGCGCUUCUUAGAGACAUGUUUCACAGCAAGGUGCCUUUCCUGUGCCCCAUGGAGGGCCAUAUCUACCUGAAGAUGCAGUGUGAGGUGGGCUCCCUGGUGGAGGAGAGAGGCUUCCUGACUAUGUUUGAGGAUGUGAGUGGAUUCGGAGCAUGGCACAGGAGAUGGUGUGUCCUGUCAGGAUACUGUAUCUCCUACUGGACCUACCCUGAUGAUGAGAAACGCAAGAACCCAAUGGGUCGCAUCAACUUGGCCAACUGCAUCAGUCGUAAGGUGGAGCCAGCCAACCGAGAGUUCUGUGCCAGGCCCAACACCUUCGAGCUGAUCACUGUCCGGCCUCAGAGAGAGAACGACAGAGAGACGCUCGUCAGCCAGUGUAAAAACACCAUGUGUGUCACCAAGAACUGGCUGUGUGCUGACACAAAGGACGAGAGGAACCUGUGGAUGCAGAAGCUCAACCAGAUCCUGGUGGACCUGCGCAUGUGGCAGCCAGACUCCUGCCACAGGCCUGUGUGAGAGCACAGCUCCCCGCCUGGACUAGAGGGCUUACAACACCCUGCAUGGUUAUGGGUCUCUCAUAUGGACUGUCACGAUCAGUGACACUUACGAUGACUAAGUGCAAUACAGUAUUCAAGUUAUUAAAUAGGAUUUACAUGUGUAUUAUAUUUUUAGAUGCUUUAGUGGACAGUCAAGACAGUUUAAGUCAGGGAUGGGCAACUGGGGGGCCCCCUUUUGUAGCCCCCCAUUCUCCAACUCAUUCUGGGUCUCAUCCAGGGUUUUCGUUAGGAAACUGUGGCGCUGGAUGUUUGAACAGCCACAUUUUAAUUUACAAGACAUUUUGAGAAAUCUGCCGGACCCAUAUGUAUUGGGUGCGUAAUUUGAUUAUGGUGUCCACCCACAGUGCUCAGAAUGACAAAUCACAUUUUGUUUAUGGUAAUUCAUAUUAACAGAAAUUUCAAGUCAGAUACAACGAUGUGUGGUCCUGAUUCUGAUGGCCACUUUGAAGAUGUUAGAAUAAGUGUCUACAUUUAUCUUUCCUCGGCCAACAACAUGAGCAACGGACAGCAAAACCACUAGCUAUGUCAAUCUGCUAUCCUUCAUAGUAGAAAAGUUUACCUAUUUUAUUGGUCAGCUUGUUGAGAAAUAGCCUAUUCCAAAUAGACUCUGAGACCGUUAUGGGAAGAUGGUGCCCAAAUUCAUACAAUCAGUAGGUCUAGGCUACAUUAAAAAAAUUACCUUAAAGCAAUGAAUCUGAAACAACCAAUCCAAACGUUUAGCUUAAUGUUGAUAAACUAUGAUCCCAUGGCGCUUGCAAUGCCAGGGUUGUGGGUUCGAUUCCCACAGGGGACCAGUGCGAAAAUAUAUGCACUCACUACUGUAAGUCCUACUGAAUAAGAGUGUCUGCUAAAUGACAAAUGUAUUGACAUGAGCUAUGUGCACAUGUUUGUUCCAUAGUACAGUUAGUGGGAAAACACCAAGGGCACUGCACCUGCAAGCAGUUUCAUGUGAUAGAGGAAAAUAUCCGUUAGACAUUUAAAAAGAGGAGAUCUAAUAGGCUAGGUUCAGGUUUCAAACAAUUAAGUAUAUGUUUUCAAAAUGCAUAGCCUACUGCCUCCAAAGUGGUGUGACGCGCUGAUGAAGCCUGCCUUCUGUUGCCGUUUGAGAUGCUGCAGCAGCUCUCACUGUCUGACAUAUUUUCCGCUCUGUCUGCAUGCUUUAGGUGUGUGAUAAAUAAGAUGCAUGAAUAAUGUACUGUAGCCUACGCAUGCCCCAAUUUAAUUCCACUAAAUGAGGCAAAUGAACCUAUAGACCUAUAAGCAUAACAAGUCAAAUGUAUUUCCAUCAAUGA